AUGGAAACAAGUCGCACAUUUGACGCGGGUUCGCUUACGUCCACUCUUUUCAAAUCUCCUAUAAAAGAGCAGUUUGAAGCAUUGGAGAGAGGGGAGACGACAGCAGAGGAUUUUGACCCAUUGUUCACCCAUUUCUUCAACAAGCAGCACAAGCGCGCAGAAAAUUUCAUUCCUAUUAUUUCUUCUGUUAUCGAUGGAAUCAGCGACAAGAAGAUUCUACCAGAAAUGGCCUCCUUGCUAAGAGACUUACGCUCAGUCGGAAUCAAAACAGCCCUGCUUACCAAUAAUUUCUAUGCCGAUCGAGCCCGGCUUUCUCCAACGAUUCCGAAAGGCAUAGAAAAUUAUUUUGAUGUAGUCGUAGAAUCAUGUAGGGCUGGUAUGCGAAAACCAGAAUACGCUAUUUACACUCACGUAUGCAAUCUGUUGAAGGUAAAACCGGAAGAGUGCGCACUACUCGAUGAUUUGGGAGCGAAUCUCAAAGCUGCCAAAGCCAUGGGCAUUUUCACUAUCAAAGUCACUUCUCCCUUGAGAGCCACGGAAGACGUCAGAAAUAUGCUUUCAGAUCUGUUUGAAUAUCCGUCAAAUACUAGAGAUUGUUUGCCAAAAGAGCGACUACCAGAGGAGAAAUUACAAAAGUUUCUUCAAAAAGAACUAGCUUUGGCAGAAUGCAGCCCGUUCAUCAUUCGUCGUUUUGGACAUGGUCAGUCAAACCCUACCUAUUACAUCGAAGCUGGAGACACUGAGCUUGUGUUGAGAAAGAAGCCGGUAUGUCCUAAACAUGCUUACCAAUCAGUCUCUUCAAAUUAUUGA